AUGGAUGAUGUCGGCGUUGCACCUGACCAGACGACCAUGCUUGAAAAACCAAGCAUGGGUUCGGGUGUGAGAGCAGGUCAAGGGGAAGCAAGGGGGGUAGCAGAGGGGGUAGUAGUAGGAGGGGGAGGCUUACCAGCAGCUAGGGGUGAUGUGCAAGGGGGGGUUGGGACAGCCUCCCGACUCCGCCACCAUCCACCCGGCCUCACCCUCUCCUCACAUCCCCCAACUUCCUCCAUUUCCCCACCUUCUCACGCCCCCUCCACUCAAAACCCACCCCUCACCACCGCUCUCCACCUCCGCCCAAACCUUCAAUUCGACUUCUCCAUCUUCGCAGAGUCAUCCCUCCGUUGCGUGGGCGUCCCCUCACAGUCCAGCAGGGAGGAGGAGAGGGAGCGGCGCCUGCGGCAACACGUGUUGGCGCUAGCAGAGGCGCACGCAGUGGGGGACUGGGCGCUGGUGCGGAGGUGGGGGAAGAAGGUGCGGGGGGAGGCGAGUGCGGAGGGGGAUGUGGUGCAGCGCGUGGCAUGGUACAUGCUGCAGGCUCUGGAGGCGAGGGCGGAUGGCACUGCUGUUGUCAAGUGGCGAGCACCUAUUGAGUUCCAAGUGAAGUCUGCAGAAGAUAUGAUGGCAGCAGUGGGCCACUCCCAUGAGACAAGCAUCGUGUGGAUCAACUUUGCCUUUGCUGCUCUCCUCCAUGAGGUGCCUCGACGGGAAAGGAAAGUUGCAAAGAAAAGGUUUACGGCACAGCAGCAGCAGCCGCAUGAGGAGGAAAAUACUCGUUCUCAACAUCAUCACAAGCAGCGACAGCAGCAGCAGCAGCACCCCCAUCCGACCCCACCCCUCUCCAUCCGCGUGACAGGCAUCAACGGCGGCACAGUGCAGCUCGACUCUGCCCUCGACGCCUCCACCUUCGGCCACCAGUUCUUCGGGCAGCUCGCAAAAGUUUUGGGGCUGCCCUUGACGUUUGAGAUGGUGGAUGUGCCUCUGGAGUCGCUGCAUCCAGGCAUGGUGAAGGUUCAUCCGGGGGAGGAGGUGGUGGUGGUCUCCCUCUGGACGCUCAUGCUCUUUCCAGAUGACUCGGUUCUCCGGCACAACCCACGAGAUGCCGUGCUCAAGGCACUCAAGCAACGCCUGGGGCUGCCAGCAGAGGUUGUUUCUGUCUCCUCUCAAAACCCUUCCAUUCCCUUCCACCCAAACCCCUACAAACCCCUCCAGUGGAUCCAGGCACUCAAGCCCCGCCUGGGGCUGCUAGCAGAGGUUGACGCAGCCCUCAACAGCCCCUUCUCCCCUUCCCUUCCCUUCCAUUCAAUCCCAACCCCGACAAACCCCUCCAAACCCCUCCAGUGGAUCCAAGCCCUCAAGCCCCGCCUUGUCCUCCUAGCAGAGGUCGACGCGGCCCUCAAUGGCCCCUUCUUCCUCGCCCGCGUCCGCGAAAUCUUCCGCACCAUGCUUGCUUUCAUCUCAGCCGUCCAUGCCACCAUGCCCGAUUCCGCGAUCUCGCCCGUCCGUUUCAUCUGGGAGGGGCUGAUGUUCCGCGAGCUCAUCAACUGCGUCGGAUGCGAGGGGAUCCAACGGCUGAUACGCGCCGAGAGGCUGGAGCAGUGGGAGGAGCGGAUGGGGAGGUUAGGGUUUGAGGAGGUGGGGCUGGGGAGGGAAGCAUUGGCUGCUAUGAGGGAGACUACGGAGGGGAGGGAUGGGAGAUUUGAAGUGGUGUCGGUGGGGGGUGCAGCGAGGCUCAUGUGGAAAGGACAGCCGGUGCUGGCUCAAGGAGACGAAGAAGGGGGGGGGGGGGGGGGGGGGGCAGGGGCGACAGAGCAGAACAGAGCGCACGAGGGCGCAGGCAGAGCAGAGCGCACAAGGGCGCGGGCAGCAGCAGGGCGCACGAGGGCGCGGGCAGCAGCAGAGCGCACGAGGGCGCAGGCAGAGCAGAGCGCACAAGGGCGCGGGCAGCAGCAGGGCGCACGAGGGCGCGGGCAGCAGCAGAGCGCACGAGGGCGCAGGCAGAGCAGAGUGCACAAGGGCGCGGGCAGCAGCAGGGCGCACGAGGGCGCGGGCAGCAGCAGAGCGCACGAGGGCGCAGGCAGAGCAGAGCGCACAAGGGCGCGGGCAGCAGCAGGGCGCACGAGGGCGCGGGCAGCAGCAGAGCGCACGAGGGCGCAGGCAGAGCAGAGCGCAGAAGGGCGUGGGCAGCAGCAGGGCGCACGAGGGCGCGGGCAGCAGCAGGGCGCACGAGGGCGCGGGCAGCAGCAGGGCGCACGAGGGCGCGGGCAGCAGCAGAGCGCACGAGGGCGCAGGCAGAGCAGAGCGCACAAGGGCGCGGGCAGCAGCAGGGCGCACGAGGGCGCGGGCAGCAGCAGACGGCAACGGGCGGCACAGGCACGGGCAGCAACGGGCGGCAACAGGCAGCACAGGCACGGGCAGCAACGGGCGGCAACAGGCAGCACAGGCACGGGCAGCAACGGGCAGCACAGGCACGGGCAGCAACGGGCGGCAACGGGCAGCACAGGCAUGGGCAGCAACAGGCAGCAACAGGCAGCACAGGCACAGGCAGCAACAGGCAGCAACGGGCAGCACAGGCACGGGCAGCAACAGGCAACAACGGGCAACACAAGCACGGGCAACACAAGCACGGGCAGCAACGGGCAGCACAGGCACGGGCAGCAACGGGCAGCACGGGCACGGGCAGCAACAGGCAGCAACAAGCAGCACAGGCACGGGCAGCAACGGGCGGCAACGGGCAGCACAGGCACGGGCAGCAACGGGCGGCAACAGGCAGCACAGGCACGGGCAGCAACAGGCAGCAACAGGCAGCACAGGCACAGGCAGCAACAGGCAGCAGCGGGCAGCACAGGCACGGGCAGCAACGGGCGGCAACGGGCAGCACAGGCACGGGCAGCAACGGGCGGCAACGGGCAGCACAGGCACGGGCAGCAACGGGCGGCAACAGGCAGCACAGGCGCGGGCAGCAACAGGCAGCACAGGCACGGGCAGCAACGGGCAGCAACGGGCAGCACAGGCACGGGCAGCAACGGACAGCAACGGGCAGCACGGGCACAGGCAGCAACAGGCAGCAACAAGCAGCACAGGCACGGGCAGCAAUAG